AUUUAUUUGGGGGAGUGAGAGGGGAGGAGAGGUAGAGGAAGCAGCAGCAGCGUGCUCCCCUCCCCAGGCCCCUUCCCUGCCUUUUCUCUCUUGCCCUUACCAUCUUCUGCCCUGUGUGUUUCGGCCACUGCCUCUCCCCCCAGCUCCUGCUGACUAGAGUGUGAACUCUACGAGGGCACAGAGGUUUUCUUUUUUCUCCCAGCUGCCUUGCACGGAGCAAGUGCUCAAUAAAUAAGUGAUUGGCUAGAUCAGGCUUAUUACACAAUCUAGAAAAGGGUGAAGUCACCUCCAAAACACUACCUUAAAUCCACCCCAACACGGGACACAGGUUCCCAGUAUCUAGAAAGCCCCGGGUCACCAGAUUAUGUCACAAUCAGUGAUGUCAUCAUUGGGGAAAUUCCCAAGUUGCUGUCUGAUAAUAAGCCUUUCAGGCCUUGACCCCAGUGGGAUCGAGGAACUUUCUGAGAGCAAGAUGGCUCUUGAUAGCAUGUGGGCUCCACAGGCAGGAAUCAUCGGGGAUGGGCCUGCCAAGAGAGGCGGCGAACAGGCCCCCCUACAGGCCCACGUCCUCCAGACGGCCUCCCUAAAGGACGGCCCGGCAAAGCGGGCAGUGUGGGUCCGCUGCAACCGUUCGGAGCCAGAAGAACCUACUAAAUCAACGACGGUCAGGGAGAAGCCCAGGUUAGAGGUGACCAAAGCAGUGGUCGUGGACCUUGGCACUGGCUACUGCAAAUGUGGCUUCGCCGGGCUGCCAAAGCCCACCCACAACAUCUCCUCGACGGUGGGCAAGCCCUACAUGGAGACGGCCAAAACCGGGGACAAUCGCAAGGAGACGUUUGUGGGGAAGGAGCUCAUCAACCCAGAGGUUCGCCUCAAGCUAGUUAACCCUUUGCGGCAUGGCAUCAUCGUGGACUGGGAUACGGUGCAGGAUAUCUGGGAACAUCUCUUCCACAAGGAGAUGAAGAUCUCCCCAGAGGAGCACGCGGUCUUGGUCUCAGACCCACCCCUGAGCCCGCACACCAACAGAGAGAAGUACGCCGAGAUGCUGUUUGAAACCUUCAGCACCCCCGCCAUGCACAUCGCCUACCAAUCCCGCCUGUCCAUGUACUCCUACGGAAGGACGUCCGGCCUGGUGGUGGAGGUUGGCCACGGCGUGUCCUACGUGGUCCCCAUCUACGAGGGUUAUCCUCUGCCCAGCAUCACCGGACGGCUGGACUACGCGGGCUCUGACCUGACAGCCUACUUGAUGGGCCUGAUGAAUAACUUGGGGAAACACUUCACCGAGGACCAGCUAAGCAUUGUGGAGGACAUCAAGAAGAAAUGCUGCUUUGUGGCCCUGGACCCCAUCGAAGAGAAGAAAGUCCCAGCCACUGUGCACACGAUCCAGUACACUCUGCCUGACGGGAAGGAGAUAAGCCUGUGCCAGGAGAGGUUUCUCUGCUCGGAAAUGUUCUUUAAGCCUUCUCUUAUCAAGUCCAUGCAGCUGGGCCUCCACACCCAGACAGUGUCCUGCCUUAACAAGUGUGACAUUGCCCUCAAACGGGAUCUCAUGGGGAACAUCCUGCUGUGCGGGGGCAGCACUAUGCUCAGCGGUUUCCCUAACCGCCUGCAGAAGGAGCUGAGCAGCAUGUGUCCCAAUGACAACCCCCAGGUAAACGUGUUGCCCGAGAGAGACACUGCAGUGUGGACGGGCGGCUCCAUCCUGGCGUCACUUCAGGGCUUCCAACCACUGUGGGUCCACCGCUUUGAGUAUGAGGAACAUGGGCCUUUCUUCCUCUACAGAAGGUGCUUCUGAACUCUGAAGAAGCAUGGUUGCCGUGCGUCGGCUUUGCUGGGCGAGCACCCACCCUACACAUACGGAGCUGAGCCCACGUCUGCUCCUGCAGUAUUAAACGAGCCUUGUGUUCCCUCCAUA